AGAGUGGAGGGGUGCUAGGCAGCGGCCAGGUAAGCGAGAACUGAACACAGUGGGAGACUCUUACUCUUGGUGAGAAGAGAGUUCUUGUCGUGUCGUGUCGUGUCGUGUGGCAGCCGUUUUGCUACUACUACUGCUUCGCUGCUGAGUACUGACACUCCGACAUGCAUUUUUUCCCAUGCCAUAUCCCAUCAUCAUCAUCAUCAACAUCGUCUCCAAUCAAUUUGAGUUAGUCACUCGAAACGCUCCCAAUAGUGAGCAACUCCCGAAAACUCUUAUCGAAAAAAAUUUCUCUCUCUUUCUCUCUCACUCUCUAAUUUGUGCGCGCUUUCAUCUCGUCCACAUGAUCGAAAUGCGGAAAAAUUUAUACUGACGGAAAUUUUUUUUUUCUCGAUCGAUUCUGAUCUUUAGUGAUCGAUACUUGAUCAUUCCAACAGUCCGUCUGAACAGCGGAUUAGAAUCAAAUGGGAUUUUUGAUCCGACGAGAGAUUUUCAGAGUAUCAAAAAGUGAAUUUUGGAUUUUAGAAGUGUUUCAGGUUUUUCAUCAAUUUUCCUGAGAUGUUUAUGGUACAGUGUCAUGUUUUGCCGACGCAUUUGAAUUUGUUUUCGAGAACGAGAAAAAUCAUCACGUGCAACGAUUGAUUGGAAUCAUUUGAGGCGGCGGGAAGGAUUUAUUGAUUCCCGUUGCUCACCGUUUUUUGUUUUCAAAGUGAAAAUUGUUUUUUGUUUCACCACAGUGGCAAGUGCUUUUGAUUUUUGACAAGACGGAAUUUGUAAUAAUUCUAAGGAAUUAAAACUAAACGGAAUAAUUUCCCCCCCAAGGAAUCAAAAAUUGCCACUGGUUUGGUGAUAAAACGAAGGAAAUAGAUUCAGUGAAAAAAAGGGGAUUAAUUUCAGUGUGGAUUUAAAAACAAAAGGAAUAAUUUCAGUGUGGAAAUAGUGAUUUUUGUGUUUGGUUUCCAAUCAAAAAGAAAGUGUUAAACUAGUGAAGAAAAGUGUGUUUCGGAUUUUUUUCGGGCAAAAAAAAAGGAAAGACCGAGUGAUUUUUGCUGGUGAAGUGAACGAGUGCGCAAAUCGUCAGACGAACCGAAAGGGUGGUGUUGAUGAACGGAUUUUAAAAGCAGCUAAAGAAGGCCAGCCCGACGCAAUGCGUCGACGCUGCUGACGCAACGCGCCUGGAUGCGUCUCACUUUAAGCACGUUACCACAGCUUACCGUCUUAGCGAAGAUUUUGUGCCUCCUGAUGGUAAGUGGUGAUGCGCGGGGCGGUUCCGGCAAUGGUGCGCUCCGUGAGUCUCUACUCGACUUGCAGCAGCGGCAAUAUUACCGUAAUCGAUCGCGAGGUCAGAGCCACUGAGCUUGAUGAUCACAACGCACCUUAUCAAUCGUUGACGACACAAUCAGAGGAUUUUAGUAGAAAGCUAUAUAUCCUUGCCGAUAAGAGUCAAAGAUACAUUUGCUUCAACAAGAAGUGGAAACUAGUCGGCCUGACCAAGAAGCACAAGGGUCCGAUGUGUCAAUUCUACGAAGUUUAUAACGGCUCGUACCUGAGGUAUCGAAGUGCAGCGGACAGUUCACGAUAUCUUGGCUUCAAUAAAGCGGGAAAACCAAUAAAAAAUCCACACGGCCGACAGGAGUGUUAUAAUUUUAUCAAAUACAAUCCAAAUUCAGAUAUUGAGAAACACAAUAAUAAAGUAACAAUGAAUAUGGGCGCGCGAGAAACGCGCGAGCCAUCGACAAAUUUACAAUUAAAAAAGGCGUCGACAAAUUUGAGGGCUGCGAAAAAUUCCCUACAAUUAGGCGGUCGAACAAGGCAAAUGGUGACGAUGCAUCGUCAUCGGCAUUCAAAUCGAUGGAAGUUACGCGAGGAGGAUCAUUCCAUAUUGCGAAGAAGGCACGGGAGUCGUCUCUUUCUUCAUGCGAGCAAGUAUUGAGCCGUUUUACGACUCGUGGAUCAAGACUGCCUCAUCCGUGAGAUCCUGAGACCCUCCGAGUAUAUACAUAAAUUUAUAUAUUUAUAAAUAUUUAUAAAUUCAAAAAAAAAAUAAUAUUUCUAAA